AAGGAAGGAGAAUGUUACAUCCUGAUAAUGAUAAUACACCAAAUGAUUCAAUGAUUAUUUCACAAGUGGCCAACUCUCAUGUCCCUCAGGAUUUUACUGUUUCAAGACUCUUGUCAACCUCUAAUCAUCAUUUAGACUGCCAUGAGGGAGCUUCCAGUGGAGGUAGAAGACCUAGAAGAAGCAGAACAACGUUUUCAGCGCAACAACUAGCUGCUCUUGAAAGAGUUUUUGAGAGAACACAUUAUCCUGAUGCUUUUGUAAGAGAAGAACUUGCGACGAGAGUAUCUUUAUCUGAAGCCAGAGUACAGCUGGAUUACCGAUACGGUGUAGCUGUAGAUUUCUUUAGAAAUCUAACUAUUGCAUUAGUCCUCAUGGUGGAAUUUUCACCUGAUUUUGCUAUCAUAUGUCAUAAU